AUCCACAUCUUGUUUCAUCGUCUCAAGUUUCUAUUUUCUACAAUCUUCAAAACCCUGAUCGCAAACUCCGAAUUUGUGCGUUGCUCGGUUACCAAACUAAGAUUUUGGUUUUCACUUUUCACAAUACUCGGAUCUCAGAUGCGAAGGGGCUAAACGUGAUGGGAAACUCAGAUUUAUCUCCCAGCUCAGUGAUGACUGUCAAGAUAACCGGAAGGGUCCUGACAGCUAUAGUGAUACUUCUCUUUCUAAUGCUGAUCGUCGUCGUCUUCCUUUAUGUCUAUGCGAGGAAUACUUGGAUCCCACGAAUCGUCGGUCAUGGCCGGGCCCAUUUCAGCAUCACCGCCGGUGAUGCCCCAAUUCCCCCAGUUCCCAGACAAGGCCUUGAAUCUGAGGCUCUCCGCUCUCUUCCGGUUUCCGUAUUCCGGCGAAGUGAUUUCAAGGACGGAAUUGAAUGCUCUGUUUGUCUUACCGAGCUCUCGGAAGGAGAGAAGGUUCGGUUGCUUCCAAAAUGCAAGCAUGGAUUCCACCUUGAUUGCAUUGAUAUGUGGCUGCAUUCUCACUUUACGUGUCCCAUUUGCCGGUGCCCGGUAGGCCCGGUUGCAGCUGCAGCCGGCGAAGUUUCUCUCGCGACUGCGGGUGAACGGAUCUCAUCGGAAUUGCCUGCUCUUCCCAUCAAUGUGCUGAUUUGGAGAAAUAACGGUCGAUUUAGCACAAGGGGGUUGGCACAUUCUCAUAGGAGUCUGGUGAUAACAAUACCAAAUCAAUUUGCGGAUGGGUUGCCCUCGCCGAUCUCACCAUUGGAAUCGAACAGGUCUUCUGGGCACAACUUCAAGUCGCCGGUGGAGGAGGUAAGAUCACCAGGAACGUCAAAGUUUGGAUCUUUAAGCAGGAUUUUGAGCAGGGGAAAGAGGAUUGGUGGUUCUUCAUGCAGCAGUCCCGUCGAAGGUGAUAUCGAGCAAGGAUUGGUGAGAUGUGGAGUAGUAAAGGGAGAGGGAACCUCCAAUGUUCCCAAAACUCCUAUAAGCACUUAAUGGCCAGCAAUUGAUUUAGACUGAAAUUUGUAAGCUCGGUUUCAUGUUCC